CGCUCCGAGUACACGCUGCUGCUCAACAACCUGGAGAACGCCAUCGCGCUCGACUUCCACCACAGCCACGAGCUGGUGUUCUGGUCGGACGUCACGCUGGACCGCAUCAUGAAGGCCAACCUCAACGGCUCCAACGUGGAGGAGGUGGUGUCCACCGGCCUGGAGAGCCCAGGGGGACUGGCCAUCGACUGGAUCCACGACAAGCUGUACUGGACCGACUCCGGGACGUCCCGCAUCGAGGUGGCCAACCUGGACGGGACGCACCGCAAGGUCCUCCUCUGGAAGAGCAUGGAGAAGCCCCGCGCCAUCGCCCUGCACCCCAUCGAGGGUAAGAUCUACUGGACAGACUGGGGCACCACGCCGCGCAUCGAGUACUCCAACAUGGACGGCUCCAACCGCCGCGUCAUCGCCGACACACACCUGUUCUGGCCCAACGGGCUGACCAUCGACUACGCCGGCCACCGCAUGUACUGGGUGGACGCCAAGCACCACGUCAUCGAGAGAGCCGACCUGGACGGGCGCAACCGCAAGGCCGUCAUCAGCCAGGGGCUUCCUCACCCCUUUGCCAUCACGGUGUUCGAGGACAGCCUGUACUGGACGGACUGGCACACCAAGAGCAUCAACAGCGCCAACAAGUUCACGGGCAAGAACCAGGAGAUCAUCCGCAACAAGCUGCACUUCCCCAUGGACAUCCACACGCUGCACCCGCAGAGGCAGCCCGCAGGGGGGCGGAACCGCUGUGGUGCCAACAACGGGGGCUGCAGCCACCUCUGUCUCCCUAGCAACAAGACGUACAUGUGCGCAUGCCCCACGGGCUUCAAGAAGGUCGACCACUCCAACUGUGCCAAAAGUCUUGACAAGUUCCUGCUUUUUGCCCGAAGGACGGACAUCCGACGGAUCAGCUUCGACACCGAGGACAUGUCGGAUGACGUCAUCCCUCUGGCCGACGUGCGCAACGCUGUGGCCCUGGACUGGGACAGCAAGGAGGGCUACGUGUACUGGACCGACGUCACCACUGACUCCAUCAACAGGGCCUUGUGGAACGCCACCAAGCAGGAGGUGGUGGUGGACACCAGUCUGGAGAGUCCUGCUGGCCUGGCCAUCGACUGGGUGACCGACAAGCUCUACUGGACCGAUGCUGGAACGGAUCGCAUCGAGGUGUCCAACGCGGACGGGACUAUGAGAACCGUGCUGAUCUGGGAGAACCUGGACCGGCCCAGGGACAUCGUGGUGGACCCCAUAGGAGGGCUCAUGUACUGGACCGACUGGGGCGCCAACCCCAAGAUCGAGCGGGCGGGGAUGGACGCGUCGGACCGCCUGGUGAUCAUCUCGUCCAACCUGACGUGGCCCAACGGCCUCGCCAUCGACUACGAGACGCAGCGCCUCUACUGGGCCGACGCCGGCACCAAGGUCAUCGAGUUCGGGAACUUCGACGGCACCGACCGACAGGUGUUGAUUGGCAGCCAGUUGCCCCACCCCUUCGGCCUGACGCUGCAUGAGGAUAGGCUGUACUGGACGGACUGGCAGUCCAAGAGCAUCCAGAGUGCGGACAAGCUCACCGGCCUGGGGCGGCGCACGCUGGCCGAGAACCUGGAGAACCUCAUGGACAUCCACAUGUUCCACCGCCACCGCGAGACAGUGAGUAACCCGUGUGCUGUGAGCAACGGGGGCUGCAGCCACCUGUGUCUCCUGGCCCCCCCCCCAGUGACCUCCAGCUGUGCCUGUCCCACCGGCAUCAACCUGCAGACAGACGGGAAGACCUGCACUCCCGGAAUGAGCAGCUUCCUGAUCUUUGCCAGGAGGACAGACAUCAGGAUGGUGUCCCUGGACAUCCCCUACUUUGCCGAUGUGGUGCUGGCCGUCAACAGCACCAUGAAGAACACCAUCGCCAUCGGAGUCGACCCCACGGAAGGAAAAGUGUAUUGGUCCGACAGCACGCUGAAGAAGGUCAGCCGGGCCAACAUGGACGGCAGCGAGCAUGAGGAAAUCAUCGCCACUGGCCUCAUGACGACGGACGGCCUGGCGGUCGACGCGAUCGGCCGGAAGAUCUACUGGACUGACACGGGCACCAACCGCAUCGAGGUGGCCAACCUGGACGGCUCCAUGCGCAGGGUCCUGAUCUGGCAGAACCUGGACAGCCCGCGGGCCAUCGCGCUCUACAACGAGAAGGGGUACAUGUACUGGACGGACUGGGGCGAGAACGCCAAGCUGGAGCGCGCCGCCAUGGACGGCACGGACCGCGCUGUGUUGAUCAGCAACAACCUGGGCUGGCCCAACGGCCUCGCCAUCGACAGGGCCGGGGCCCAGCUGCUGUGGGCCGACGCCCACACUGAGCGCAUCGAGGCGUCCGACCUCAACGGGCUGAACCGCCGCACCCUGGUGUCCCCGGUGCAGCACCCGUACGGCAUGACCCUCCUGGGGCCCCACAUCUACUGGACCGACUGGCAGAGCCGCAGCAUCCAGCGGGCCGACAAGGCCAGCGGGGCCAACGCCAUCACCGUGGUCUCCAACCUGCCGGGGCUGAUGGACAUCCAGGCGGUCGACCGCGCCACACCGCUGGCCUUCAACAAGUGCGGGCGUAUGAACGGCGGCUGCACCCACCUGUGCCUGCCGCGGCCCAACAGCACGUCCUGCGCCUGCCCCACCGGCGUACUGCUCAAGGGCGACGGCAGGUCGUGCGACGACUCGCCCGAGACCUACCUGCUGUUCUCCAACCGGGUGAGCGUGCGCCGCAUCUCGCUGGACACCAACGACCACACGGACGUGCACGUGCCGGUGCCCGAGCUGCACAACGUCAUCUCCCUGGACUACGACAGCGUGGACGGCAAGCUCUACUACACCGACGUCACGCUGGAUGUCAUCAGACGUUCCAACCUGGACGGCACGGGCAUGGAGACGGUGAUCAGCCAGGGCCUGAAGACCACCGACGGUCUGGCGGUGGACUGGGUGGCCCGCAACAUGUACUGGACCGACACCGGCCGCAACACCAUCGAGGUGGCCCGGCUGGACGGCACCUGCCGCAAGGUCCUGGUCAACAACAGCCUGGACGAGCCCAGAGCCAUCGCCGUCUUCCCCAGCAAAGGGUAUCUGUUCUGGACGGACUGGGGACACAUCGCCAAGAUCGAGCGCUCCCAUCUGGACGGCUCCGACCGCAAGGUCCUCAUCAACACGGACCUGGGCUGGCCCAACGGGCUCACCUUGGACUAUGACACGCGCAGGAUUUUCUGGGUGGACGCCCACCUCGACCGGAUCGAGAGCUCGGACCUGAACGGGAAGCUGCGUCAAAUCCUCGUCAGCCCUGUCUCGCACCCCUUUGCCCUCACGCAGCCCAAGCCGGUUCCCUCCCCUCUAACCCCUUUCUCCCGACUCUCGCAGCAAGACCGCUGGAUCUACUGGACGGACUGGCAGACCAAGUCCAUCCAGCGCGUGGACAAACACGCCGGCCGCAGCAAGGAAACGGUGCUGGCCAACGUGGAGGGUCUCAUGGACAUCAUAGUGGUGUCCCCUAACCGCCAGUCAGGUUCCAACCUCUGCAGCGCCAACAACGGAGGCUGCACACACCUCUGCUUCGCCAAGACCAACAACUUUGUGUGCUCCUGCCCUGACGAGCCCGACGGCAGACCCUGCUCCACCAUCUCAGGCUACGUCCCCACUCCGCCCACUAGAGGGGGCCACGUCACCCCUGCUUCCAAACUCCCCAAGGCAGCCUCCGACGCUCCACUGAACGGGCCGGUGCUUCAUAACUGCACCGACAAGAACCUGAACGUUGAAGGCUGCCUGCAGAGCAAUGUGAUCUCAGCUCCUCACGGGGAAGGGCUUCACAUCAGCUACGUGAUUGGUGGAGUGCUGACCAUCCUGGCUAUUCUCAUCCUCAUCGCAGCCUUCAUUAUCUACAGGCAUAAGAAAUCAAAGUUUGCCGACCCGGGGGUGAGCAACCUGACGUACAGCAACCCCUCGUACCGAACCUCCACUCAGGAGGUGAAGAUCGAGGCCUCGCAGAAGCCUCCCAUCUACAACCAGCUUCGAUAUAAGAAGGAGGGCGGAGUGGACGGCGGCUACACCAAGGAGAAGAUCCGCAUCGUGGAGGGCGUGUGCCUGCUGUCCACCGACGACCUCUACUGGGACGACCUCAAGCAGAUCAAGCCGUCGCGCGGCGGCCUGCACACCUGCAUGCGCACCGACACGGUGUCCCUGCAGGCCAGCAGCGCCUCGCUGGACGACGGCGAGACGGAGCAGCUGCUGCAGGAGGAGACGUCCGAGUGCUCGUCCGUCAGCACGCUGACCCCGUCCACCGUCACCCCGCAGCGCCACACCCAGCACGGCCUGCCCGACACCGGCUGGGCCUCCGCCCGCAAGCCCUCCACCGAGAGCCAAGUGUGAGGCGGCGGCGGCGGCGGUUUUGGUGGUGCCGUUCCGCUCUCUCUCUCUCUCUCUCUCUCUCUCUCUCUGUCUCUCUGUCUCUCUCUCUGUCUCUCUCACGCUCUCUUUCUCUCUCGCUUUCUCUCUCGCUUUCUCUCUCACUCUGUCACUCUCUCUCUCUCUCUCUCUCUCUGGCUGCCUCUACCCACUCCCCCCCCACCCCUCGUCCCUUCGACUUCAUGUGCUUUUUUUUUACAAAUCUCUUGCCGCAUACCUAGGAAACAGACAAACACGAACAAGCGCACACAUAUUUAUAUUCGGUACAACUUAUACCUGCAAAGAUUUAUAUAGACGUUAGGUACAAACGCAUAGGUACACCGGAUCCUAGGUAGUCGCGUUCUGAUGCUAUGUAGGAAACGUAGUCCAUGUGAUCCUGAGUAAUAAUAUAGUUCACAUCAAGGCAAAACCUCUGAAGAAUGGACUCCGUCCCGCCUGCACACUUGCUAAUAAAUGCGUACAUUUAUGGACAAAAUGCAAAUCCAUACACUCAGAACUAUUUAUGGCAAAAUUGACAACUAAUAAAGACAAUAAAUGAGUAUGCUGGAAUGGAGUGCGCAAGACUCUUGCAGAUGGAGCGGAAAAGUGCAUCCAGGUAUUCCCGGAGCCUUUGUUUUUUAAAGAUGCAAAAGUUUCAAAGCGAGGGACGCUGUUUUUGUGUAGAAUUACAUUUUUGUGAACUUUUUUUUUUUUUUUACAAUGCUAAACAAAAUCUGCUUGAAUAUGUAACAAAACACCCUCUCUCAUGCCACUGGUCAGUCGUCAAGUCUCUAUGAACUAUUUAUGAACAUUUUAUAUCUCAGAGUGGGUUUGUUGAUAUUUUUUUGGGAACUGGCCUGAUUGUUGUGUUCAAGCUGUUCGCAUUCUCAGAUAUUCAAAAGUGAUAUUUAUGGACAGUGCCAAAGGGGAGAGCCUCUCACAUAUCUGCCCUCAUUUCCUCAUGCUACAGUACACUACAAAUGAAUGUUUUGUUUUUCCUGAAAACUGGAUCUUCACUCCACCCUACUUCUAUGGACUGGACCGUUUUCCCCUCAGUGCUCAGAGCCUGGGCGUGCAUGUAAUCUGGGCUCUCCGGUCAGAGUCCUUUCAUCCUAAAUUAAACCGGCAAAGAAAAGACUGCAAGAACCUUUAUGUUUCAGGAAAAUCGCUGAUUUGCUCCUUCGCCUGAACAGCAGAAGACGCCAUGAUGAAGUAUAGCCUAAGUGCCAAACUUUCCCCCCCCACUUCUCUUCUUCUCAUCCAGUUCUAUUUAUAUUACUCUGGGGUUGUUUUAAUGCACGUCAGGUUCUAUGGUAGCAUUUUUGUGAAUAGUACAUCUUCUCAACUCUGUAAAUCUGUAAUGGAGUGUCGUUCCAUGCUCCCAGUAUAACACAUGAGCCCCCACCUCUCUGUAUAUUAUGUGUAUAACACUGUGCAUAUCCGGAACCAUUGAGCAUCGGGGUUAUAGUUUAGAAAUAUAUCACUGACAACUUAAUAAUGUUAAUUAAAUACAAGCAAAAGUUACGAUGCAUUGUUUUAACAUAUAUUGCCGUUUUACAGUUAAAGAUGAAAGGACACGACCAUCGACGAUUACCAGACAUUUCAAGACCAUGUAUUUUGAAGUAUGUUCUACUCCUUCAGCGACGUGCUGAUUCGCUGCUAGACAUCGCACUGAGGCCGACAGCAAAAAGGGGUCUUGGCAGCUAUAACCUGUAGUCUUUGGACGGUGUAUCGGUAGUUGGCCUACAGCACAUCAAAACUAAUUCAAUUAGCCUAAUCCCAAAAUACAGCCUCACACAUUCUGCGGAUGAGAUGCCGACUGUACAGGUUUAACCUGGCCGAUUAAAGCAAACCUGGGGUGAGACGUUGUGUUUAUUAUGUUGUCUUUUGUGUAAAGGGAUUUAAUGCUUUUUUUGACCUGUAUUAAUUUUACUCACUGGAGAAGAACGUUUUUAAUUUGCUGGAUUAUUUUAACCACUGUAUCCAAGCGUUGUAAAUGAUAGGGAUGCCCGUUAUUUAAUAGUGUUCUUUUAUGUUAUGAAAUAUUGGUCGAGUAUAGUUGUUGUAAAGGUAACAAAAAGAGGUAUUUAUGGUUUCUUUGUAUGGUUGUCACUUAAUGUGUAAAUAUGAACAGACUGUAUAUGUAUUUCCAUGGCAGUACUAACAAGCUGUGUUGUGUGGUAUAGUGAAUUAUCUCUUUGGUAUCUUUUAAUAUAAAACAGCAUUUGCAUUUCAA